UUAGGAGAGGGGAGGAGGGGAGAGGAGAGCACUGGAGGGGUUGAGCGAAGAGGGUGUGUAUAAGAAGCCUCAGAGGAGGCAAGCGUUUAGUUGUUGAGACCCUGAGCCUAAGGAUACAAGCUGAGCCACCCAACUCCCCUGUGUCUGCAUAAAGAGGGAAUCUAAGCUAUCACACUCACAGGCUGGAGCCACGUAUUAUAGCCAGAACAUCACAAGACUCUCCGGCUGGUGAAUCCCUGUUCAGAGACCUGCUGGGCUCCGGUUUGUACCUACUUUUCCAGGCGUGCUGAGCGAUGAAGAUCCCUCUGUGGUGCCUGGUGGUUCUGCUGGCAUGCCUCUUCAGCCCUGGACAUUGUGACUGUCAGGGGGAAUGUGUGGCCUGUGGUCUCCUCCUGCAGCAGCAUCAGCUGCAACAAGCCUUCAAUACCAUUGUGUGUCUGCUGGAGUGUGAAGGUCAUGCUUCCUCCUCCCUCACAUGGGAAGUGUGUAAACGUGCCUUGAAGCACCAGGAAACACUUCAAGAGGGAGGCGCUUUUUUGAAGAGGGGAGGGGAGCAGCUGAAGCUGACCUCCGAAGACCUGAACUCUGACAGUGAACUGCUGCAGCCCGCAGACCGUUUUCAGGAUCAGGAUCUGGACGACGCGGACCUGCGCAGUGUCCAGUAUGACUCAUCCCUGCAGGAAUCCUCGGAGGAGGUGCAGAGCCUGGAUCCCCGCCUGGAGGGCAAAGAGGAGACGCAGAGGGAUGACAGGGAUGUGAAGGGCCAAUCAGAGAUGGAUGAAGAUAACGACAGUUUACAGGUCGUCUCCUUAUCUAAACGCUUUGGCGGCUUUCAGAGGGGGCGCCAUGGAUACAGGAAGUUGAUCGGGUCCCCCAUGAGGCCUCUACAAAAGCGCUACGGGGGCUUCAUAGGUGUCCGGAAGUCUGCCCGCAAAUGGAACAGCCAGAAGCGGGUGAACCAGCUGCUGAGGCAGUACUUGGGCAUGAGGAGCAGCCGCAGCGGCCGGUUCAACGCCUCCAUGAAUCGGGCAUGGAGGCAAAACAAACUCUAAGUCUGUCUGCUGUUGUCACCGGAUCCCCUCCCGUUACCUCAACCUGCCAACCAUUUAAUUUUUCAGCAGCACCUUUGAGUUGGACCUGUGAUGUCAGCAUCGUGAUCAGAGCAGACUCCAUCUCUCUGCACCUCUCUCCGUGUCUCUGAGUAACUAAAAUGUUUUGACCGUGAUGUCCUUCUUCUUACACAUGCCAUACUGUGAAAUAAAAGAAUUAGAGAAGUGCAAAUGGAAUAUAUUUUUGUGUGUCAGUAAAAUAAAAGGGGCCAUUCUGAGUUUGGACAACUGGUUGGCUGAUGUUUUCCCAGAUCCUUGACUUCUUAUUGAAGGCUCUUUCAUACCUGCGCUGAUGGGAUGCAAGUGUUUUUCAACAUUAAGGGAUGGAUUGGACGGGAAUGCCCAAACGCACAGAUUUAUAUAAUCUAUGAAGCCCCCUGGACAUGGCAUUAAAAAACGGAACCUCAAAUUAAUAAUUUUUGGCCCCAAACUAGUGUUUUCUGGUCACAAUUUAGUAUUUUGUGCACACAAAUUAGCAUUUUAUUAGCAUUUUGUGAGCACAAAAGUCUUGUGCAUACACAUUUUUAUUUUGGUAACAUCAAUUACUACUAAACUGUGCUACAAAUAAAACUAUUUGUUUGCACAAACGACAAUUUUGGGUGCAAAAAAUGCUAAUUUGUCAUUACAAAAUGGUAUUUUGAGCACACAAAUAACUAAUUUGUGCCCACAAAUACCAAUUUGUGCACACAAAAUGCAAAUCUGUGACCACAAAUUGGUAAUUUAAUUGGUAAUUGUAAAAUAAUUUAUGCGUUUAAUCUAUUAAUUGUAUUACUGACCAAGUAAUUUUCCAGCUUGUUGUGCCAAUAAAUUAUUAGAGGGCACAACAAGCCACUAAUUUGUGCUAGAAUUUCUAAUAUGAGUUUACAAAAUGGUAAUCUGUGCUCACAAAAUAGUGAUUCGAGGCACAAAUUAUAAAUUAAGGAAACAAUUUGUUGUUAUUUUUAAUGUAAUUCCAGGGUUUCUUGAUAAUCACAAAAAGCAUUUUGUAAAAAAUGAAAUCUCAAUUAAUUUAGUCAUUAAAUUGCAUUUCUUUAUCCGAACCUAAGUUUCCCUUCGUGUCAAAGUGGAAACAAGUAAUUAAAUUGGAAGUUAUGUCUGUGUGAUGGUUCAAUAAGAUGUGAACAUGUUCGGACAGUGGGACUGCUGAAGCACAAACUCCUCGUUAUUGCUUUAAGAAUCCAAUUUACUGCUUAAAAGGUUUAAUUUACUAAAUACAAUAGAGAUACAAUUGCUUUACUGGACUUACUCGUUUGCUGGCGCUACCCCAAAAACAUGCUUCUUUAUCCUCAUUUGUGCUCAAAAUGUGGUGUGUUUUGUUUGUCACGCAAACCUUCCGGGUGAUGAGUUUCGUGGAGAUUGAACAGCAGGUUGGCAAGACGCCCCAGCACUCACGAAGGCGGGGCAACAGCGCCCUCUGCUGUAUAAGGAGCAGAACUGCAGGUCAUGCAGUGAAGCUGAAUGCAGUCCUACUAACAAAAAUACAUUUGUAAAAAAAAUAGCUGUCGCAAUACAAAUAUAUAUAAAUUAAAUAAAAUGCUGCAAAAGUUAGGAAUUAUUAAAAAAAUUUAAAUAAUUGCUUAGAACUAAAUCUCAGAAACUUGGUUACUUUAUAAAAUAAAGAAGUUUACAAGGACAAAUAAAAUUGUAUUUUUGUAUUAAGGAAAGCAUUUACUCUAAAAUGGAAGCAGCUGAAGCUGCUUGGGCCAUUAAUCUUGUACUAUUAAAUAUGAAAAUAGGUCUAACGGCUUCAAAUCCAUCACCAUGAUGCACCACUGAACAGAAGAGGCUCGAGGCAAGCUGCACAUUUUUGGUAGAAGGAUAAAAAAAAAAACAAGAGAAAAUCAUUGUUUUGCCUCUUAAUAGUAUUAACUAGUUUUGGAUUAACAGUUAAUAUAGUUUAUGCUUAUGACUGUGCAGCUGAGUGUGCAAAGCGUGCAUGUGUUUCUCUGUCAAACUCCACGCAAAAACAUGUAUGUCGUGAGUGCAGUGUUUGUUUCCUGCCACAUAUUUUGACGUUUUCCUGUUUACUUAUAUGAAAUAUGUAUAAAAAAUAUGUAAUAAAAUAGUUUGCUACUCC